GAUAACGCAAUGGAGAAGCAAGUGAUUGCUGAAGAGGUGCCGGUCAGCCCGUUUUCACGAAUGUUGAGCUUGCCGGGUCUCGAUUGCUUCAACAUCAUAACCCUUGGAUUCAAAAAUGAAGCCAAUCCAUCAGCCUUUGUUGAAGGCUUGAAGAAUACAUUGAUUAACCAUCCACGCUUCUCUAGCAUACUGGUCACGGGUCAUAAUGAGCCUAAAGGAAAAGGUAAAUGGAUGCCAACGAAAGUAAAAGUGGAGGAGCAUGUGUUUGUUCCAGAUAUAGAUCCAAACACUGAAGAUCCUGAUGAAUUUCUAGAGGACUAUACGUCAACCAUGGCUCUUUCUCCAAUGAAUAUGUCCAAACCGUUAUGGGAGUUUCAUAUACUGAAACUUAAGACAUCACAUGCGGACUCCGUCGUUGUUGCUAGGUUUCACCAUUCUUUGGGAGAUGGGAUGUCUCUUAUGUCUCUUUUACUCGCUUGUACUCGAAAACUUUCUAAUCCCAAUGCACUGCCUAGUUUUGUGGCUCCGAAAAAAUGCAAAGCGAAGAACGUUUGUUGGUCGUUCCUUUCUUGGUCAUGGUUCAUAGUAAGACUAAUUUUCCACACUUUCUUCGAAGUUAUAAAGUCUAUCAUUUUCGUAUGUUGUGGGAGGGACACUGCAACACGUCUUAUGGGCAAACCAGGAGCAACAAAUAAGUUUAUUCAUCAAAUCAUUUGUUUGAAUGAUGUUAAAAUGGUGAAGAACGCUAUGAAUAUGACUAUAAAUGAUGUUUUUUUCGGGAUGGUGCAAGCUGGUCUUUCACGAUAUUUGCAUCAAAGAUAUGAGCUUGAGAAAACUUCAAAGUCGAGAAAAACUCUAGACAAACUAUGUCUUCAUGGGGUUGUUUUCUUCAACCUAAGACCAAAUAAAAAUAUUGAGGAUUUGGCUAAUAUGAUGGCAAAGGGUUCAAAGUGCAGAUGGGGAAACUCAAUAGGUUAUGUUCUGAUUCCUCUGUGGAUAAAGUCAGAGGAUAAUAUACUUGAAUACCUUCGUCAAGCUAAAACUACUAUGGAUCGCAAAAAACAUUCCCUCGAACCUCUAUUUUUCUAUGGGUUGCUCAAAUUGACCGUGGAGGCUUUCGGACUAUCGGCACUCAAAGCCCUUGUACAGAGAAUUUUUGGUAGCACAAUGAUGGUAUUCUCAAAUGUCGUUGGCCCGACCGAAGAAAUUAGCCUUUUCGGCCAUCACAUAUCUUACAUUGCUGCAAAUGUCUCGGGUGCACCACAGACGCUCAAUAUCAGUAUUCAAAGCUAUGUAAACAAGGUUAUUAUUAAUGUUGGAGUUGAUCUUAGCGUGAUUCCAGACCCUCAUCACUUAUGUCAUCUCAUGAUCGAAGCACUUCACGCAAUGAAAUCAGCUGCCCUAGAAAGAAGCUCUGGAGAUUUGGAGGUUUAGAGAACACAUGUCACCUGACUUACUGCAUGUAACGUUUUUACAUUGUGUCUUACGUCUCUGUUUAAGAAUUAUGC